CAAGUCCUACUUAAAUUCCCAUAACAACUACACAUUCCCAUGAAAACAAACAGAAAUAUUCAUGUAUAUAUGACUAACUAGUUAAUUAUUUAAAUAUGUUGACCAACGCUUUGUUUCUAUCCAGCUUUUUCGUUUUUUUCACGUUACUCUUCACCAUAAGUGAGGCUAUAAAAUGUUACCAGUGCAGUUCAAGUGAGGAUCCUAAGGGACAAGAUAACUGUGGGGCUUACAGGAAGUUUGAUGAAAGGGAGCACAUAGCAAUAGAAUGUAAUAGCUUUGAGAGCCACAUGCCUGGCUCAUUUUGCAUGAAAAUUACACACCAGAGUCCAAAGGGAUAUAUUUGGGAUGGAAGAUGGAGGCAAGUUAUGAGGAGAUGUGCAUCUGUAGCAGAAACUGGGGUUACUGGAGUUUGUAACUGGGGAGUUGACGAAGAUGGUAUCUACUGGGAAGAGUGUUAUUGUUCAGAGGACAGGUGUAAUUCCUCAAAUAAAGCGAUCAGUUCUUCCUUUGGUGUCAUAAGUUUGAUUCUGAUCGUCAGAUGGUUGAGUAGUUAGAAUUUUUCUUCGUUAAGUUUGUUUUAUCAGAUGUAGAUAAGAGGGAGGAU